UGAAGAAAAAGUUUUUUGUACUGAAGACUGAUUCAACUGAUGGUCCUGCAAGGUUGGAAUGUUAUGACACAGAAAAGAAAUGGCGAAUGGGUACUCCACCCAAACGAAAAAUUGCCAUCAAGACCUGUUUCAACAUUAACAGAAAAUUAGAUGCUCGCCAGAAGUUUGCAAUUGCAUUGUAUACUAAAGAUGAUUGUUUUGGACUGGUUGCCGACAACCAGUUAGAGAUGGAAAAAUGGAUUAAUGCUCUUUUGGAGCUCCAACAUAAUGGGUGUGAGGAAGAUAAGGAUGCUAAACCAAAGCCCCAUUUUGAACACGUGUGGCAGGUUACAGUGAAGCCGAAAGGGUUAGGAAGCAGCAGAAAGAUAACGGGACAACAUCGGCUUUGUCUGACAACUUCUUCUCUCAGUUUGUUCAAGAUGAAUACUCAUUGUGAUCAUAAUGAAACUCUUGAGUUUCCUCUCAUGAGCAUUCGGAGGUGCGGCCACUCUGACUGUUUCUUCUUCAUGGAAGUGGGGAGGUCAGCAGUGACUGGAGCUGGUGAGCUGUGGAUGCAGUCUGAAGAUAGAAUCAUAGCACAAAACAUGCAUGAAGCAAUUCUGGGGGCUAUGAAACUUUCAAGGUCGAAGGAUGAAUUAGGACCAAUGUCUCGACCUAGGAGCGCCUCAACCAGUGAAAACAGCAAACCAAUUUCAUCUCGUCGCCAUGGAGGUGUAGUUUCUUACCAGGUACAAAGCAUGAGCUUAGAACGGACACCGGGGCUUCCUUCCAUAAGAAAGCGCUGUGAUAGCAUGCCAGCUCGAGCACGAACAUGUAGCGAAGGCCAACGUGACUUGAUUAGUAAUAGUCCUCAGUCUGGAGGAUGCUACUCUUCUCCAAGCUGGGCUCUCCAUCGGGGAGAGAACCUUCGCCCUCAAAGUACAUAUGCACGGGCUGUAUCUUAUUCUCCACCCAGCAUUGUUAAUAUUGGUUUGACAGGAGCUUGUUCAACAGACAGCAUUGGUAGUGGGCUCUCAACAGAUGAGUGUGAAGGGAGUCCUAGCGAUUUCCAUUUUGGAAGAUACAUCCAUCCUCCUGGAGAACUAAGCUUACAUACAGAACCUCCCAUCAAGGAAGAGAUGCCAGAUGAUUAUCUGUUAAUGGAGCCAGGCCAAGAAGACCUUGUGCCAACAGAAACCAUAGAUGUGGGAUUAUCAUUAUCCAAUAUUUCUUACACCCCAACCAUUCCUUGCACUACUUCAAAUGUCAUAUCCCCACCAGUUUCAGGAAAUCACCAGGAAUUGGCCUCACCUUCUCCAUCAUCAAUCCAAGAGAGUUACAUUCCUAUGAGUCCUGGAAAGUCAUUUUUGACAGAUCAAUUUCUUGCUACAUCUCGGAGUUCAAGCAACGCUUCAGAGCCACCAGUAACACAUGUAUCACAAUUGAAUACACCUGAUGGGUACAUACCAAUGGCACCACAAGAAGAAAUCUCCUUGAAAAAUCUAGCAUCAAAUACAUCAGGGGCUACAGAGGAAGGUUAUUUAGAUAUGGAGCAUAUCUCCUCGUCACUUCCUAAACCCAACACUUGUGUUGCAGGUUACAUUGAGAUGGUCAGUCCUAGGAGAAACACCCAGAGUUUGCAAGAUGUUACCUUUCAAAACUUAGUGACAGCCACUAAACAAGAGGAGUUCCACUUGGAUAAAGUCAAAUCAUACUUUUCUCCAUCAGAAGAUGACUUCAGUGAUCACAUCAAACCAGUUAGAGCCUAUUCGAUUGGUAGUCGUCCCCAACUCCAAAAAAGCCGCCUAGGAGUGCAUCUGGACCAGUUUAGAGUUCGUGCCUUUUCUGUCGGGAGUCAGGCAACAAAGGGUAUGGCUAAGCGUCAGGACACAAUUGAAUCUGAGCUUGGAACUUUAAAAUUUAUGGAUGAAAAAAACUCCAAGUCAUCCAGUGCACCACUUCUUCCCAGUAGGUCUCAACUUUCUGCAGGCAAGGGGAAUUACUGUGAUGACUUGAUGGAGAUGGACUACAGUCCAGCACCAAAGGUAGAAGUGACUCCAGAUCAGGAGCAACCAGAUGCCGGUAAAACCUUUAAACAACAACAAUCUAGUUCCCACCCCUCAUUUGGAACUUCACCCACCCCUUUGCUACCUAAUUCCUCACAGCAACCAGAAAACAAGAUUAACAAUGUUGAUGAGAGAGCAGAAAGAAGGAGAUAUGUUUGCAUGACUUAUGGAACUAAAGCUAGUGGGAAUUAUAUUGAAAUGGCUCUAAACAAAGGAUAUGUUGAGAUGGUUAAUUCUGAAAGUAUUUUACCAGAUAAAGACAUAAACUUAGCUUCUUCUAGGAAAUCCUGUGAUACAGGCUAUAUGAAUAUGGAGAAAAAAUACACAGAGAAUGAUUCAAAGACUCAGAAAAUAACCGUGAAUGAUAAAAUUCUGAGUACAUCAAUUACAAAUCAGAAAUAUACAACAGAUAUUAGGACAGAUGUGUCAUCAGUUAAAAGUAGUAAGGAGCCCAAAUCUGAGCCCACAAACAUCUAUGGAGAUUAUGUGAACUUGGACUUAAGCCGAACUAAUUUUGUGGCAAGCAGUGUUAGUGCUUCUUUUGUUGCUCCCAAACCUACUAGUGUUCCUGAGUAUGAGAACAUUCAACUUGGAACCCCCACAAAAACACCACCUCUAAGUGUUUCCCCAAGUUUGUCACCUUCUGUGAGCGACUACACGGUGAUGGCUGCAGUGCAGACACUAGUCACCGAACGGGUUACAGUGCCAUGUCCAAGUACCAAUAGAUCUCUUUCAUGUAGUAGUGGUGUCGGGAACCGGAGUUUACCGCGAGUAGGAACAAAGAAUAAACAAACUCCAAAUGGACAAACAAGAAAAUCUUUACCUUCCCGAUCUCCUCAGUCCACCAUAAGGAAGCAGAUGUCAGCUCCAGUGGCACCUCUUGCAUUGAAAUUUGAUGUAAGAAAGAGUUCCUGUCCUGCUCUACAUAAAUCACCGGCAAUUUCUCCAGUCUUAGCUGGCAGGUCUCUUCUUGCACCAACAUCUGGCUCUCCUACACCUCCUAUUAAAAGUCGCUCGCCCGAUCGAAGUAGUCAGUCCAGUUUGUCCAGUUUAGUGGAUGAAGGUAGCUCUGGCCAUAGUAGUCCCAUGCCAAUUCUUGCUUCUUCCUCUCAGCUUACAGGAGCAAAGGACAGGCACAGCCUUGCAGAAGCUACUUAUGAAAACAUAUCAUUUGGUCCAUCAGCAGGUGGUGACUGUGAACUUAACUAUGCUUCUUUGGACUUGGCAUCUACUCCCACAGAAUUGGAUAAAACACCAAAGUCUCCUCAUGCUAUUUCCAGCAGUCAACUGCUUGUAACAGAGGAUAAUGAAGAACACCCUCUUUCUUAUGCUCAAAUUGACUUUACUAAGUCAGAAGGCUUAAGAAACACCUCAGACUGUUUGCGAGAGGGCAGAGUUUAGUGUUACACUUGUUUGUAUUAGUAACUAGUCAUUAAGCUCAACUUCAGGUUGGUUUUGGCCUCUAAAACUUAUACAAACAGAAGGUAGGUUGACUGAGCUGGACAGUACUACUUAUAAGAGGAACAUAAAACCUUGUUAUUAUUGUUCUAGCUCUUAUAGUUUUUUUCAGCUAACAUUGUGAACAGUAUUAUAAAAGGCUUUCAUGAUGAAAGUUAAGAGAUUAUUGAAUUUUGUUUUUGUAAGUUGAAUUUAAGUACGGUAUGUCUGUUAUGUAAUAUAUAGGGAAAUUUCUACAGAUACAUUAAGUACUGUGUUAACAUUAUACAUCUACAGGUACAUUAAGUAUUGUGUUAGCAUUAUACAUCUACAGGUACAUUAAGUAUUGUGUUAACAUUAUACAUCUACAGGUACACUAAGUAUUGUGUUAACAUUAUACAUCUACAGGUACAUUAAGUAUUGUGUUAACAUUAUACAUCUACAGGUACAUUAAGUAUUGUGUUAACAUUAUACAUCUACAGGUACAUUAAGUACUGUAUUAACAUUAUACAUCCACAGGUACAUUAAGUACUGUAUUAACAUUAUACAUCCACAGGUACAUUAAGUAUUGUGUUAACAUUAUACAUCUACAGGUACAUUAAGUCUUGUGUUAACAUUAUACAUCUACAGGUACAUUAAGUACAGGUAAAGGGAGAUGCAUGUAUUUCUAGAUUUGUACUUACAUCUACAGGGGAAUACAGGUAUUUCUGGAUAUGUACUUAGAUCUAUGGAUACAGGGGAAUACAGGUAUUUCUAGAUUUGUACUUACAUCUACAGGUAUUUCUAGAUUUGUACUUGCAUCUACAGGGGAAUACAGGUAUUUCUAGAUUUGUACUUGCAUCUACAGGGGAAUACAGGUAUUUCUAGAUUUGUACUUAGAUCUAUGGAUACAGGGAAAUGCAGGUAUUUCUGGAUAUGUACUUAGAUCUAUGGAUACAGGGAAAUGCAGGUAUUUCUGGAUAUGUACUUAGAUCUAUGGAUACAGGGAAAUGCAUAUAUUUCCAGAGUUUCACUGUUAUUAUAUAGCUAGAGAUGAAGGGUACUGUAUUGAUAGUAAACUGAUGUUUUAUAAAGUUUGUGAUAGAUAAAUGAAUGUGCUAGUACCUAAAAGUUAUGAUAACAUGAAUACAGAACAGAAUAGUUUUUAUAGUUAACUAGACAACACAAGUUAUUUCUCAAUUCUAAUCCAUGAUCUGGUUCUUAUCUAUUGGCUUACAAGUUCUGGAAUUAAGGCAAUCAUAAUGUUUGAUUUUGUGUAAUUUUGAUAUUUCAUUGAUCACCAAGUUACCUCUGGUUUUAAUUUAUUACUUUGUUAACCACUUGUAGAUCAUUGUUUACUGAAUAAAUGGGGUAACAAGUCCACUUGUAGAUCAUUGUUUACUGAAUAAAUGGGAUAACAAGUCCACUUGUAGAUCAUUGUUUACUGAAGGAAUGGGAUAACAAGUCCACUUGUAGAUGAUUGUUUACUGAAGGAAUGGGAUAACAAGUCCACUUGUAGAUUAUUGUUUACUGAAGGAAUGGGAUAACAAGUCCACUUGUAGAUCAUUGUUUACUGAAGGAAUGGGAUAACAAGUCCACUUGUAGAUCAUUGUUUACUGAAGGAAUGGGAUAACAAGUCCACUUGUAGAUCAUUGUUUACUGAAGGAAUGGGAUAGCAAGUCCACUUGUAGAUCAUUGUUUACUGAAGGAAUGGAAUA